AUGCAAAGCAUUAAAGUGGCGGCGACAUUAGGUGCGAGGUUGGAAUGCGCGGGAUUGGAUUCGUUUAGCGCGCGCGCACGCCCCGACACCGUGCCGCCCUCCGAACAUCCGGCCAUGGCGACCGACACUGAUUUUAUGUUCCAAGGGGGCGAUCACAGGACUACCCAAACUCAAUACAGUCUUCGUGGCGGCGCCUCGGCCGGUGGAGAGCAGCAGUACUCUUUGAGGUGGAAUGACUUCCACUCGUCCAUGGUGUCGUCAUUCCGGCGGCUGCGUGAUGAGGAGGACUUUGUUGACGUCACGCUCGCUUGCGCCGGCGCAACAUUCACCGCUCACAAGGUGGUGUUAUCAGCGUGUAGUCCAUAUUUCCGGAGGCUGCUAAAGGCGAAUCCGUGCCAACAUCCUAUCGUCAUUCUGCGUGAUGUCCACGACAAAGAUAUGGAGAGCCUGCUAAGGUUUAUGUACCAAGGAGAAGUGCACAUAGGUCAAGAGCAACUAAAAGAGUUCCUGAGAGCAGCUCAGCUGCUACAAGUACGAGGUUUGACGGAUGUACCAGCACCAGCUCCAAUGACUACUAUUGAUCAAAAGGCUUCACCUUCAGCAUCGUCAUGGACGGAAACCGGAAGCGGUGGUUCACGUGAAGGUCGAGAAACUCAACAACGCGAAGGACGAAAACUCCGAAAACCCGAUGAAAAUGCAGCAAACACACCACCACCAAAGCGCGCCAGGUCUUCUGAUCUUUACCAAGCACAACUUAAAUCCAGGACGGAACAACUGUUGGGACAAGGUGCCAGCCCUGAGCGUCUCGGUACAAACGGUCAUGAACUGUCUUUCUUCAGCCAACCUUUGGAUACUUCACAGAACCCGCAUCUUUCUGGAGUUUCCAAUAAUUUGUCUGGGGACGGUGAGGAGUCAUCAUCUGAUGCCGGAGCGAGCGAUACGGAAGGCGAACCUCGUGCCAAGCAGGAGCCUUUGGACUACGACGACCCCACAACUAUGGCCAACACUAACGGAACGCUGCCGCACAAUUUUCCCGGACUCUUAAAUUUACCAGGUUUUCCCGGACUCGCUGGACCAUCAGGCAUUCCAGAUAAUUAUGGAGGCGGCUGGGCGGGGGAGCGAGAGGCGCCCAAGGACUUCGCGGCCUACGGCGCCUACUCUAACGGUGAGCCGCCCGCCAGGCCCGCCUGCCCCACGUGCGGCAAGCGCUACAGCAACAAUAGCAACCUCAAGCAGCACAUCCUCAACGUGCACGCGGCGCACCAGCUCGCGCACUCCUGCCCCGUGUGCGGCAAGGCCUUCAAGACGCGCCAGUACAUGCAAAUACACAUGAACUCCAUACACGGCGGGCGGCUCUGGCGGGCGGGGCGGCCAUGGGCUACCGACCGCAGUGCCCGUUGUGCGGCCGCGUGUACUCCUCCACCUCCAACCUGCGCCAGCAUAUGCUCAAUGUGCACUCGCAGACCGACCGAGACCAGUGGUUCCCUUGCCAGCACUGCGGCAAGAAGUGCAAAACUAAGCACUACCUCAUCAACCACCAGCUGCAAGCGCACGGCAUCCGCCAGCGACAGAACUCUUAGAGACGGCGGGACGCCGAGCGAGUCCCGCUCUUCGCGAGCCCGUCGCUCGGCGCCCGGUGGUGACGCCGCGAUACCGACCCGCGCCGCACGCGUGCCAACGGACGGACCCGCGCUAGCCGAUCGACGGCGGACAGUCGACCGACAUCAUGGCGGCGAGUUGGCAAGCCCGGCGGGGCAGGUGGGCGCGAGGGGGGGCGGGCUGCGCUGCCCGCUGUGCGGCGCGGCGCUGCGCUGCGCGGCGCUGGCGCGGCGCCACCUGGCCGCGCACUACCCGCGCGACUCGCCCGUGUGCCCGGUGGCGGGCUGCGCGCGCUACUUCGCGCACCCCAACUCCGUGCGCAACCACAUGCGCAUCAAGCACCGCCACCAGUGGGAGACCAUGAAGACGCUCAAGUGGAGCUGCGGGUGGGCCAACUGA